UUAAAUAGAUUUCGACUGUCUGAGACUAAAGAUGAUACAUCAAUGGAUUCCCAAGCCGCUGCUGUUACUUCUCAUCAUCGCCAUUUUGAGUGACCUCCAGGAAUCAAAGGCAGCUAGUUUCUGCUCCAAGGAGGAUCAGUGUGCCGUGGAUGAGGAGGUCAAGCAGAUUGCUCUUCCAGCUCCUAUCCAAGCCCGCUACGAUUACACUCGCAUCUACCAGGUGGAACUGGCCAGUGAUGAGCACGUCCGGAUCUUUCAGGCCCUGGAAUUGGCCAGCGAUUCGUGCUCUUUCAUGGGACAUGCCCGAGUGGUAGGUCAAAAACUGACCAUUAUGGUUACGGCUGCCAAGGUGGCUGACUUCGAUGACCUGGUGCACAGCUACAAUGUCACCCAUCGGGUACUGAACCACAAUUUCCAGUCCUUGAUCGAUGCCAACUACCGCGAGGUGGCUCCUCCAGGAACAACACCCGACCAAUUCGACUGGAAACGCUAUUAUCCUCUGGAGAACAUCUACGCCUGGCUGGAAAGUCUGGCCAAAAAAAGGUCUGAUGUGGUUAGCCUGGUGGAUCUGGGUGCCAGCACCCAGGGAUUGCCCAUUAAGGGUGUGAGAAUCGCUUUCGGAAAGGAGAAUCUAACCAGUGUCUUUGUGGAGAGUGGCAUCCAUGCUCGGGAGUGGAUUGCUCCGGCCACAGCUACCUAUUUUAUUGACCAGCUGCUGAACUCCGAGGAUCCGGCCAUUCAGGAAUUAGCUCGCUCUCAAAACUGGUUGAUUUUUCCCACCGUAAAUCCCGAUGGAUAUCGCUAUACCUUCGAGGGCGAUCGCAUGUGGCGCAAGAAUCGGGCUCUCUUCGGAAUCUGCCGUGGUGUGGAUCUCAACCGGAACUUCCCCUUCCACUGGAACGUUACGGGAGCCAGUGGUGAUCCCUGUCGCUACGACUACUCAGGUCCAUCGGCUGGGAGUGAGCUGGAAACCCAACGGAUAGUCCAGUUCCUGGAGCAGCACAUUCAAUCCGAUCGCAUUCGUACCUUUAUAGCGCUGCACAGCUACUCGCAGAUGAUCAUGUUCCCCUAUGGACACAGCGCGAAACGUGUCGAUAACUACCAGGAUCUGACGGAAAUAGGCCAACUGGCUGCUCAGAGGAUCAAGGAUUUGAGCGGUAGGAUUUACAAGAGCGGCAGCAUUUACGAGACCAUCUAUCCGUCGGCUGGUGGGUCAAAGGAUUGGGCUCAUGGCCACCUAAAGAUACCCAUUACCUUCUCCUAUGAGCUUCGUGGACCGGCGGACAGUGAGGAUCUGUUCAUCUUGUCCGCCAAGGAGAUCGAGCCCACGGCCGGCGAAGCCUUCGCCUCACUCCAAACGAUCGUGCAGGAGGCCGGCAAACGUGGCUAUUACCAAUGAUCAGUGGCUCCCCAAAUCCCCUGCUCCAACUACAACUCCACAUCCAAAUCCAAAUCCACGCGGAGCCACCAUCUGAUGGGGACUAUGAUGAUGAUAAAUGUCGUCUGGCCUGGCAGUUCACAUGAAAAACACAUUACGCGCCAUCGUUUCUUAAUGCUAAAUAAUGAUGGCAAAAUCAUGACACAAAACCUCAUAAUAAUGUUGGUAAAUCAAAGCAAAUAUAGUCAGACUCGAACAACCUUA